AAAGCAGCCGGAGAAAGAGAGUAAGACAGCGGCAAAGCCAGGCAGACAGCGACGGAUGCUGGCAGGGAAGAGGCUUCAGUGCAAAGACGACCAGCAUGGUAACCGCGUUGGUCCCCCGGGAGUGUUGCACCUAAUCGGAGAAGCUUGGGAGGCUUUGGAUACGGUCCAGCAUCAUCAGUCCGUUUCACAAAAAUGUCUGACUUUGAGGACUUCGGCUGGACAGGAGGGCAGGCCAACGUGUCUGAAAGCCACCAGCUGAACCCCACCAGCGUGAUCGUGUCCGUGGUAUUCUCCCUCAUCUUCCUCCUCGGCACCAUCGGCAACAGCCUUGUGCUGGCCGUGCUGCUGCGGAGCGGCCAGCUGGGAUACAACACGACCAACCUGUUCAUACUCAACCUGAGCGUGGCCGACUUCUUCUUCAUCAUCUUCUGUGUUCCCUUCCAAGCCACCAUCUACUCUCUGGAGGGAUGGGUGUUUGGCUCCUUCAUGUGCAAGGUGGUCCACUUCUUCAUCAACCUCACCAUGUACGCCAGCAGCUUCACACUGGCGGCGGUGUCCGUUGACAGGUAAGUUGUUAUUAACUGGGAUGUAUUACAGUAUAGUAGCGAUUGUUCUCAUCAGACUGAAUGAUUUCAUAGUUUAUUAGAACCACCUUCCACUUAAAUAGUUCAAUUGUAAUUUUGGUUCAGGUUCUUAAUGAGAUAUUUAUUUUAAAACUAUAACAAGCAGUUCACAGAAACAAAUCCUCGUAUUUCUUAG